UAUCCCAUGCUUCACACCAGAGACUGAUAGUAUAAUUGAACCGAUAAUCGAUACACUUUAUCCUCCACUCAUCUUUCUCUUAUAGCAACCAAAAUUGCUAGAGCAGAAAAGAAAAUGGUAGCAUCAGGUUCUCCUGUUCAUGUCCUUCUUGUUUCUUUCCCUGCUCAAGGCCAUGUGAACCCUUUACUUAGACUUGGCAAACGUCUUGCUUCAAAGGGUUUGCUUGUCACUUUCGCUGCGCCUGAAAUUGUUGGAAAACAAAUGAGAAAUGCCAACAACAUAACCGAUCAUGAGUCUAUACCUGUUGGAGAUGGCUUUAUUCGAUUCGAAUUCUUCGAAGAAGGAUUGGAAGAAGAUGAUCCUAGACGCAAAGACCUUGAUCAAUACAUAGCUCAACUUGAACUUGUUGGCAAGCAAGUGAUUCCAGAAAUGAUCAGAAGAAACUCAGAAGAAGGCAGGCCAGUUUCUUGCUUAAUCAAUAACCCUUUUAUACCUUGGGUUUCUGAUGUAGCUGAAGAUCUUGGUCUUCCUUCUGCAAUGCUUUGGGUUCAAUCUUGUGGUUGUUUUUCUGCUUAUUAUCAUUACUAUCACGAUCUUGCUCCUUUCCCUAGUGAAGAAAACCCUGAAACAGAUGUUGAAUUGCCUUUUAUGCCUGUCUUGAAAUAUGAUGAGGUACCUAGUUUCUUGCAUCCUUCUACUCCUUUUCCGUUCUUGAGGAGAGCAAUUUUAGGUCAGUUCAAGAACCUUGAAAAACCUUUUUGUAUCUUAAUGGAAACAUUUCAAGAAUUAGAGCAUGAUUUGAUAGAGUACAUGUCCAAGUUUUGUCCUAUCAAGCCUGUGGGUCCUUUGUACAAAGAUCCCAAAGCUUUAAACUCUGAUGUCAAAGGCGAUUUCCUGAAAGCUGAUGAUUGCAUUGAAUGGCUAGAUACCAAGCCACCAUCAUCGGUUGUUUACGUUUCUUUCGGAAGUGUUGUGUAUUUUAAUCAAGAACAAUGGAUUGAAAUUGCAUAUGGGCUAUUGAAUUCUGAUGUUUCUUUCCUGUGGGUUAUGAAACCUCCAGCUAAAGAAUCCGUUUUCGAACCGGUUGUUUUGCCUGAUGAAUUCUUGGAGAAAGUAGCAGACAAGGGAAAAGUAGUACAAUGGAGUCCACAAGAGAAAGUAUUAGCUCAUCAAUCAAUUGCUUGCUUUGUAACACAUUGUGGCUGGAACUCAACAAUGGAAGCACUCUCCUCAGGAGUGCCAGUGGUCUGUUACCCUCAGUGGGGUGAUCAAGUAACUGAUGCUAAGUACUUGGUUGAUGUGUUUAAGGUUGGUGUUAGAAUGUGUCGUGGAAUGGCUGAAAACAAGUUGAUUACACGUGAUGAGAUGAAGAAAUGCUUGCUUGAGGCAACUGUAGGGCCUAAGGCGGCGGAGAUUAGGCAGAAUGCAUUAAAAUGGAAGGAAGCGGCGGAGGCAGCGGUGGCCGAAGGUGGUUCUUCGGACAUGAAUAUGCAAGGUUUUGUGGAUAAAAUUAAGAGGAUGAGAAAUGUUUAACGUCAAUAUGUAGCAAGUCAAGUGAAUAAUUAUCAUGCAUAUCGCGAUUAUAUUCAGACAUUUUCCUGUAAUUCACAAUGAAAUCAAAGUCUAACUUGGCUGUCUAGAUGCUUUGAUACACUUCUAGCCUGGUCCAGUACCAUACUAAUUUAGUUUA